AUGUUCAAGUCCUUCGGUGCCUCAGCGGCCCCUGUGCCGCCGUCGCCAAACUCCGUCGCCGUCCCUGUCGAGGGCUCCGUCUGGGACCGCAUCACCAACUGGGCCUCGGAGAACAAGACCCUGGUCUACACGGUUGCCGGAGUCGCUGUCGUUGUCACUGGCGCCGGUGUCGUCUACUACCUCAAAUCUGAUUCCUCAGCACCCCCGUCUGAACCCAAGCUCAGCAAGAAGGAGCGCCGGAAACGGAAAGAAGCCGAGCGCCAGGCCGAGACGGACAAGACCACGGCUCCCACAACUCCAGAGAAGAAGGCCCCCGCCGCGGCGUCAGUAGAGAGCGCCGAUGAGCUGCCCGAGAUAACCGCAAAGACCGUCAAGACCUUCACUCCGGAGCAGCUCCAGCAGUAUGCUCUCCAGCUCAAGACAGCUGGCAACAAGGCCUACGGCAGCAAAGACUACAACAAGGCUAUUGACCUUUACUCCAAGGCCAUCCUGUGCAAGCCCGACCCCAUCUUCUUCUCCAACCGCGCCGCUUGCUACAACGCGCUCGGCGACUGGGAAAAGGUUGUCGAGGACACCACUGCCGCCCUCAACCUCGACUCUACCUAUGUCAAGGCGCUGAACCGCCGUGCCAACGCCUACGAGCAUCUCGACCAGUUCAGCGAGGCCCUACUCGACUUCACCGCCAGCUGCAUCAUUGACGAGUUUAAGAACGAGUCCAGCGCCAAUGCGGUGGAACGCCUGCUGAAGAAGGUUGCCGAGCAGAAGGCCGAGGACAUCCUCAAGAACAAGAACCCCGAAAAGCUGCCUAGCCCAACCUUUGUCGCCAACUACAUCCAGAGCUUCCGCGUCAAGCCUCGUCCUGCUGGGCUCGAAGACUCGGUCGAGCUCAGUGAGCGCACCGGCAAGGGCAAGCUGCAGCGCGGCCUGCAGGCGAUGGAGAAGCAGACGCACGCUGCGUACGAGGAGGCUGCCAUUGCAUUCGAGGACGCGCUCAAGUACGGCGACCUCGGCGAGAACGAGGCGCUUGCCUACAACCUUCGUGGUACAUUCCGCUGCCUCAAGGGCAACCAGGAGGCCGCGCUGCAAGACAUGGACAAGAGUAUCGAGCUUGAUCCCGCGUUGACGCAGAGCUACGUCAAGCGUGCCAGCAUGCACCUCGAGAUGGGUGCUCGCGACAAGGCUGCCGAGGAUCUCGAGAAGGCAAUCCAGAUGAACGACAAGGAUCCCGACAUCUACUACCACCGUGCCCAGCUCCACUUCAUCCACGCCGAGUUCCAGGACGCUGCCAAGGACUACCAGAAGUCGAUCGACCUCGACACCAAGUUCAUCUUCUCCCACAUCCAGCUCGGUGUCACUCAGUACAAGAUGGGUUCGAUAGCCUCGUCUAUGGCCACCUUCCGCCGAUGCAUCAAGAACUUUGACAAGGUCCCUGACGUCUACAACUACUACGGCGAGCUCCUGCUUGACCAGGGCAAGUUCGAGGAGGCCAUCCAGAAGUUCGACACCGCGAUGGAGAUGGAGAAGCAGACCAAGCCCAUGGCCAUGAACGUCUUGCCUCUGAUCAACAAGGCACUUGCCUUGUUCCAGCAGCGCAACGAGUUUAGCGAGGCCGAGAAGCUGUGCGAGGCUGCUCUGAUCAUCGAUCCCGAAUGUGAUAUUGCCGUCGCCACCAUGGCCCAGCUCCUUCUACAGCAGGGCAAGGUUGUUGAUGCGCUCACGUACUUUGAGCGUGCCGCCGAGCUCGCCAGAACCCCUGGCGAGAUCGUAAACGCUCUCUCUUACGCCGAGGCGACCCGCACGCAGCUGCAGGUGCAGGAGAAGUACCCUCAGCUUGCCGCCAAGCUCCAGGGGAUGGGCGCCGCGUCUGGCGGAUUCCCCCGGUAA